AUGAUUCUUAAUAAUUUAAAACUCCUACCUAGAAAUAUAAAUGGAAUAUUCAGGUCAUAUAUGUCUAGUGUUAAAGAAUUUGAUUAUUUAGUUAUUGGGGGUGGUUCAGGUGGUAUUGCUUCUGCACGAAGAGCAAGAGAAUUUGGUGUUUCUGUUGGUUUAAUUGAAGCUUCUAGAUUAGGUGGAACUUGUGUUAAUGUAGGAUGUGUUCCUAAAAAAGUUAUGUACUAUUGUGCAGCUCAUGCAGAAGCUAUCAGAGAUCAUUCUGAUUAUGGUUUUGAUGUUACAUUAAAUAAAUUUGAUUUUUCAAAAAUUAAAAAUUCUCGUGAUGCUUAUAUUAGAAGAUUAAAUUCAAUUUAUGAAACAAAUUUAAAAAAUUCUGGUGUUGAAUUAAUUCGAGGAUUUGGUGUUUUUGAUGAUGAUGGAUCAGUUAUUGUAAAUGGACAAAAAUAUAGAGGUAAACAUACUUUGAUUGCAACUGGAGGAAAACCAACAAUUCCUAAUAUUCCUGGAGCUGAGUUAGGUACAGAUAGUGAUGGAUUUUUUGAAAUUGAUGAAUUACCAAAAAAAUGUGUUAUUGUGGGUGCAGGUUAUAUUGCUGUAGAAAUUGGUGGUGUCUUAGCAACUUUAGGAUCUGAAUCACAUUUACUUAUUAGAAAAAAUAAAGUUUUAAGAUCAUUUGAUGAAAUGAUAUCUGAUGUUGUGACAGAACAAAUUGAAAAAGCUAAAAAUACUACAUUACAUAAAGAAUGCCAAGUUUCUGAAAUUAUUAAAAAUUCUAAUGAUGAGGUAAAUAAAUUAUUUUGGUGUAUUGGAAGAGAUCCAUUGACAAAAAAAUUAAAUUUAGACAAAGUUGGAGUUAAAACUAAUGAAGUUGGAGAGGUAAUUGUUGAUGAUUAUCAAAAUACUACAAACAAAAAUAUUUAUGCUGUUGGUGAUAUAUGUGGGAAAUUUCUUUUAACACCAGUUGCUAUUGCAGCAGGAAGAAGAUUAGCUCAUAGACUUUUCAAUAAGGAACAAUCAAACAAAUUAAUCUAUGAAAAUAUUGCAACUGUUGUUUUUUCUCAUCCAUUAGUUGGAACAGUUGGUAUGACUGAGGAAGAAGCUAUUCAAAAAUAUGGAAUUGAUAAUGUUUUGAUUUAUAAAUCUAAAUUUAAUCCUAUGUAUUUUGCUGUUUGUGAGUACAAAGAACCUACUGCUAUGAAACUUGUCUGUGUUGGGAAAGAAGAAAAAGUAGUUGGUGUACAUAUAGUUGGCCAAGGUGCUGAUGAGAUGCUCCAAGGAUUUGCUGUUGCUGUUAACAUGGGAGCAACAAAAGCUCAAUUUGAUAACACCGUUGCUAUACAUCCAACAUCAGCAGAGGAACUUGUUACAAUGAGAGGUGCCAUUAAACCGACUAAGAAGUGA